AUGAGUUUCAUAUCCGCAUUUUUUAAAACCGAAUCUGCGGAGUUGGCUUACAUGAAACAGAUGAUGAAGUAUAUUGACUCACGGUUUGAUCAAAUGGAUAAGCGAUUCGACAAAGAUCUUGGUACUUCCGUUUUGCGUUAUACUGACAGUGACCGCGCGAAGACACAAUUAUUUCUUCGCGGAGUAAUGCAACUUCUCUUGCAGGCUAUUAAGAUAUAUCAAUUUGCCACUGAACUAUUCAAUCUUCUUUCUGGAAAGUACUACUGGAGGGAUUGGAUUGUUGUAUCCUAUAACCCCAUAUACGGACACUCCAACCAUAUGAUGCGUGUCACAGGAGGACACACGCUAUUUAGAAAACAUGGACGAAACCUGUUAGUUACAAGUGUGGACAAGAAUCAAACGGUCAUGAAUAUAUCAAGAGCUAAACAGAAAUUGAGAACAAAAGUAUCCGUGAAAGUCUGGGAUAAAAGAUUCGCAGUGUAUGAAUCUCGCAAGGCAAAAGAUAUAUUUUUCCAUGUAGAUCACUCAGGAGCCUCAAUAGGAGCCUCACUAGUUAGUGUCAUAACAUGUAGAGCGUCGGGAGUAGCUUUCAGAGGUCACAAUAAGAGGAUCAUAAUCGAUAGAAGAUGUCCAUAUGAUUGGAUAAUCAUGUGGGGUUGA